AUGUUGCUAAGGCAGAGCCCGGCGCAGAGCAGGCAGCCGUUGGGACCAGUGCUCAGAACCAGGAUUAGCCCAGCCUCCUCAGAGCUGGAGACCCUCUCCCCACCUCGCCUCUCACCCUCACCCCGGGCCCCCCUCAGUGACAUGUACCCAGAAGAGAGCCGGGGUUCUGGUGGGGUAGCUGCUGUGGACUUCCUAGAGGGGACGUAUGACUAUGCCACCCCCACCCCUGCCCCUACACCUCUGUACAGUGACUCCACCACUGGGUACUUCUCUGCUCCUCUGGACGCUCACGGACCCUCGUCCGAUGGCAGCCUUCAGUCUCUAGGAAGCGGACCAACUAGUCCACUUGUGUUCGUGCCCAGCAGUCCAAGGCUCAGCCCCUUCAUGCAUCCUCCUGGUCACCACUAUCUGGAAACCGCCUCUGCACCCGUCUACAGAUCCAGCCACCAGCCGGCCUCCAGAGAGGACCAGUGUGACGCCCGUGACGAGGCAUGCAGUGUGGGGGAGUUAGGCGCUGCAGCCGGGGCCGGGGGGUUCGAGAUGGCCAAAGAGACGCGUUACUGUGCCGUGUGCAGCGACUACGCCUCCGGGUACCACUACGGGGUGUGGUCCUGUGAGGGCUGUAAGGCCUUCUUCAAGAGGAGCAUUCAGGGUCACAAUGACUAUAUGUGCCCAGCGACCAAUCAGUGUACUAUUGACAGGAAUCGGAGGAAGAGCUGCCAGGCCUGCCGUCUUAGGAAGUGUUACGAAGUGGGUAUGAUGAAAGGAGGUGUGCGCAAAGACCGGGGUCGUGUUUUGCGGCGCGACAAAAGACGAGGUGGCAUCGGAGACAGAGACAAGGCUGCUAAAGGCUUGGAACACAAAGCAGCAGCCAGUCAUGACGGGAGGAAACGCAGCGGCAUCGGUGGAGGAGGAAGAGCUUCACUGAUGAGUCUUCCUCCUGAACAGGUGCUCCUCCUGCUCCAGGGUGCUGAGCCACCGAUCCUGUGUUCCCGUCAGAAGCUGAGCCGACCCUAUACCGAGGUCACCAUGAUGACCCUGCUCACCAGCAUGGCUGACAAGGAGCUGGUCCACAUGAUCGCCUGGGCCAAGAAGCUGCCAGGUUUUCUGCAGCUGUCUCUCCAUGAUCAGGUUCUGCUGCUGGAGAGCUCGUGGCUGGAGGUUCUUAUGAUCGGGCUCAUCUGGAGGUCCAUCCACUGCCCGGGAAAACUCAUUUUUGCACAGGACCUGAUAUUGGACAGGAGCGAAGGCGACUGCGUUGAGGGUAUGACGGAGAUCUUCGACAUGCUGCUCGCCACCUCUUCUCGGUUCCGCAUGCUCAAACUGAAACCCGAGGAGUUUGUCUGCCUUAAAGCCAUCAUCCUGCUCAACUCUGGUGCCUUUUCUUUCUGCACCGGCACAAUGGAGCCUCUUCACGAUGGAGCGGCGGUGCAGAACAUGCUGGACACCAUCACCGACGCGCUCAUACACCACAUCAGCCAGUCGGGAUACUCGAUUCAAGAGCAGGCGAGACGACAGGCCCAGCUGCUCCUGCUGCUGUCCCACAUCAGACACAUGAGCAACAAAGGCAUGGAGCACCUGUACAGCAUGAAGUGCAAGAACAAAGUGCCGCUGUACGACCUGCUGCUGGAGAUGCUCGACGCUCACCGCCUCCACCGUCCACUCAAAUCCUCUCAGUCCCUGUCCCAAACCGACAGCAGCCCCUCCUCCUCCAGUAGCAUUGGCGAUGGGGGUAGCGUCUCCUCUGCAGGUCCCAGUUCAGGACUUCGAGGCACCAACGAAAACCCGAGCAGAACCCCGUCAGGUCCAAGCGUCCUGCAGUACGGGGGCUCUCGGUCCAACUGCACCAACACCGUGUGAGUCAGACCCAAAGCUUCAGCUGGAGGUCUCUGCAGAUGGUGUGCGGUUUGAAAA